UGUCACACUGUCGUCGGCAGUUAUCGGUUAUCUUCGUUCGGAGCAGUCACAGAUGUUCGGCACAAUGUAAAUGCGUCGUCUGCAUUUUGUAGGUGACCAAUUGGGUAAAUUACGUGUGUCACCGAAUGGCUGAUAAAAACAGAAGUAAUGAAGCUCGUUCGACCACGGUUAGUGACAUUCGACGUUACGGGGACAUUAUUGAGGACGAAAUUGGAGCAUUAUGGGGAGAUUGGAGUGAAACACGGCGCGCCGGACCUCGAUCCACAACUGUUGGCGCCAAGUUUCAAACAUCACUUUUCACGAUUGUCGAAUGAACAUCCGGUUUUUGGUAAACACACGGGUCUUGGCUGGCAAAAGUGGUGGAAGAAUCUUGUUUAUGGGGUUUUCCGGGAUCAACAUCCAGGAAUAUCUGAGGAUGUACUGGAGAAGGUAUCACACAAUCUAAUCAAACUCUACGGCACAAACAAGUGUUGGCACUUGUACCCAGGGACGAAGGACAUCCUGAGUUACCUGAACGAGCAGGAUAUCGUAGUCGGAGUGGUAUCGAAUUUCGACGACCGUUUGGAGGGAAUCCUAGCGAGCACUGGCCUCCGAGACCACUUCUCUUUCAUUCUGACGUCCUACAGUUAUGGAUCGGAGAAACCAGCCCACGGGAUCUUCCAGGAGGCCCUGAAAUUGGGUGGACAAGCGAGAGGGGAGACGAUAAAACCCGCGGAGGCUGUGCACAUUGGGGAUAAUCUCAAGUUGGAUUAUGUCGGAGCGAAAGAUGCGGGAUGGUACGCAUUUCUGAUGACGCAUGACUGUAAAACAAGCGAAAAGUACGAAGAUAUUCCGGAGUUUGAGCUGUUUGCGAAUCUUGAGGAACUGAAAGAUCAUUUCAAGACGUUAUUGGAUUAAUUAUUCAAUUAGUUGUCUUAAGAAAUUGUUAAAUGUGAUAAUGCCAUGUACAUUCAUCUAGCUAGACUAUUAGUUAUGAAUUCAAUUCAAAUUGGAAUCAACUGAAGAAUAAAAUUAUAAAGUUCCGAGCUGCA